AUGGCUCGUCGUCGGCUCCAAAACGAGAAGCCCGCCGCUGGGUCUGGCAGGUCGCCGUCAACUCCUGCGCUCGGGGACCCCAGGCACGACAGUGCCCUGCUGGCUAAGCGCCGCGCCAAUGUCCACAAGCCAGCGCCAGUCACGUCACAUGCUGCCACGGCGACAGGCUCCCAGACUGAUUCCGGCAUCUCGUUGCUUCCGAGGAAAGCUGCAGCGUUCUUCAGGAUGCUCAACCGCGUGGUUUCCCAACCAGCCCCCGCCACAGCCCAGGCCGUCUACAAUCCCUCCGCCACCAGCAACCAUAACUCUUCUUGGAUCUUCUUCCUCCCCCCAGCCCUGAUCGGUCCCCCGCUCCCGGUGAUCCCCUUCCUGCACCUCCUCCUCGCCCGCAUUCCCAUCCAUCCGCCCAUAGUCUCCUCGCCCUCCACCGCCAACGACUACAACCGCCCUCCGCAUGCCUCAACCACCUCCUCCCCUCCGCCGCAACCAUCCUCAUCUUCAUCAAUCAUCUCUCCGCCCAACACCAACCCACACCGCCAGCCGACCCGCCAAACACCCCUCCACCCCCUCCCCGCACAAGACCGCCGGCCCGUUCCAGCGACAGCAUUCGCCUUCGCCCAUGCCCUCGCCGCCGCAACGCUCAACCACGUCCGCCGCGUGCUUCUUCCUGGUCUAGCACCCUGCUGCUGCUGCUCUCUCAGCCAGCGGUUGUGGCUGCUCGGCGACAGCACAGGGGGGUUGUCUUCGUCGCUGGAGGGGUUGCGGUUGGCGGCGGGGAGUCCGGAGGUUUUUAUUGUAAGGGCGCUGGCGGGGGACUACCCCCGCCCCGGAGCCUAUCCCCGCCCCGGGGGAAGGGUCUAUCGUGGUGCGGGCUGGGAAGGGGCUGGUGAGGGUAUGGGCGAGGGUAUGGGUGAGAGUAUGGAUUUGUUAGUUAGGGCGGUUGAUUGGUGUGUGAUGGGCUGGGCGUGGGAGGUGGUGGGGGGUUGGUUGGCGAGGGCGGUGGUGGGAUUGACGGCGGGUGGUGAUGCUCCAAGUGCUCGUCGUGGUGGCGGGAUGGGGACGGGGAAUGGCGGGCCGGGGAAUGGCGGGCUGGCUUGGGGCGAGGGAGGAGCAGGGUCGCGUCGCAGGGAGAGGUAUGAGGACGUGAUCAGGGCGAUGUAUCUUGUCUGGGUGAUGGCUUCCGUCGAGUGCGCUCUGGCCAGGGGGAUGAACUGCGCAGCCUGGCUCGUGGCCCCUUACAAGCUGCUGACGGGCGGGGAGGCAGAGUAUACGGCGCUGGGGAAUAUCCUCAGAGCGCACUGGGCGAGGGUGCCGCUCGCUCUGUGGCAGCUGGCCUACACGCUGGAGGCCGGCAUCUGGCCGCUCCUGCGGGAGAGUCUAGCGCGUGCUGCCGGCGGCCAACCUGGCUUGUUCUUGGGGCUUUUCGGGGUGGUUGGGGGUGUCGCGGCAUUGCUUAAGUAUCGGAGCACGUUCUACCUUGCUUUGGAGGUCAGUGGCAUGUUUGUGUUUGCCGGGCAUUUGCUUGUGGCGUUGGCUUUCUUGCGAUCGAGUGCGUGGACAAUACGCGGAGGUCAGACGGGGGCAUAUCGGUAG